AAUGGAAAAUCAUCACUAUUAUUAUAACAAUAACCACCAACAAUUAUGGCAACAUCCUCAAGCAGUACACCACCAACAAUUAUAUGACCCCUCAUUUGAGGAAGGACAUUUUGCCUCUUUGACUACUUCUUUCCCUUCCUCUCACAAUUAUUAUUAUUCUUCCCUUCCUGGCUGCAGCACCCCAAUUGCUCCUAUGGCCUCCCCUGAAAGAAUGGACGCUGUAAUUCAUCACCCUCCUCCGCCUAUUCUUCCUCCUCCUCAUCCCCACCAACAUUUGACUCAAUCUAAAAAUAAUGCUUUUACUCUUCCAUUAAUGGACGAGGAACGACAAAAAGAAAGCAGUUUUUUAUCGAAUUUUCAACCUCCUUCACACUCACACAACAUUCCAUCAAUGACUGAUACAACAAUGGAAAACAUUCCAUGGUCACCUAAUUAUUAUUCUCCCGAUCCUCAUACUUUUCAUCCUCAUCCAAUGCCUCCAGAAUCUAUCCCACCACCUCGCCAUUCCUCGUUUUCUGCUUUAAAUGACUUUCAAAAAAGAGGAGAAACACCUAAAAACAACAACAACAACAACAUUAUUCCUUCAACUUCUCAACAACAACAACCCCAAACACCCCUUCAAUACUCACAACAAACAGACCAACAACAAAGACUUAGAGAACAACGUAGAGCAAUGUAUUCUCAAAAUAAAGUUCAAUAUUGGCAACAAUUUAGCCAAAUGUCGAUUCAAGACAGUGGGGUCCAUUCUAUGAGUCAUUCUACGGUUAGGUUGAUUAAUCAGUCAAAAAUAAUUGUUUCUAUUAGGCACCCUCAGUCAUGUCUUCUAUUCAUCCAGCCUCGUGUAUGUCUAAUGUCUCUUCUCUGCCGGAUGAUUUUUCCGGGUUGA